AUGAAUUCCGUUCGCUCACGGGUCUUGCGGCCCUCAGUGCCCUUGAGGCCCCAAAGAUACCCAUCGUCAGCGUCCUCGCAAAUUCGACAUUUCCAUCCGUCCAAGCCCACCCGCAGCAUCAACGAUAUUCUCGACUGCUCCGCAAGCUUCCUCCAUGGCGUUCAUUCCCUCUCCCACCUUCCCUGGGUCGCAUCAAUUCCUCUCACAGCACUGAUUGUACGAACAUGCGUUGGACUACCACUUCAUAUCUAUACAAAAAUCCAUGCACGCCGAGAAGCUGAAAUUGCACCGCUAGCAAACAGCUGGGCGGGUAUUGUCAUGAAGUCGGGACAAAAAGACGGCCUCACAAAAUCUCAGGCCUCAAAAGUGAUCAAGAUGAGACAUCAAACAUUGCGAAAUAAAUGGAAUGUUUCACCCUUCGCCCGCGUCGCCACUCUCAUUCAGAUCCCGGUCUGGAUUAGCUUGAUGGAGAGUGUGCGCGGGAUGUGUGGGAACCAAAAUGGAUUAGUCCCAUGGCUGCUCUCAUUAAUGUCCUCUGAAAAAGAUGGCGCUGAGCACUUGCAUUUGACUAUCGAACCAACAUUCGCAACCGAGGGUGCAUUGUGGUUUCCGGAUCUGUUGGCAGGUGACCCCACGGGCGCUUUACCGGUGCUUCUCUCGGCUUCAAUAAUACUCAACAUCCGCAACGGAUGGCAUAAAACAUCGCGCAAGGAGCUGGCAGAUAUGCCAAAAUUACAGAUGCUCCAAAAUAGUUUCUGGGGCGGGUUGCGCAUAUUCAUGCAGGUCCUGGCGGUGAAUGUCGGAGCUACAACAUAUUUCUAUGAGAUGCCGACCGCGCUCCUGAUCUACUGGAUCUCUAGUACCAAUAUUGCAACUUUCCAGACCUGGUUCAUGAACAAGUAUAUGUUCGCCAAGCCACCACUGCCGACUUGGUCUCGGAGAUACACACAUUACGAAUGCCCUCAGUCGUCUGACCCUUAUAGGCAGAAAUUGCUAUGA